AGCAAAGCCACACUUGCGCGGUAGGGGGAAACAAGUGGAUGCGUUCGGGACAGUAGGGGAAGGGAAAGAGACGAGGUUUUUCAACAUAAAUGGAGGUUCAUCCGUAGCGGGAGAGAAGAGCAGCUGCAAAAAAAAAAUACAAGCAAAAUGGCGAAAGAGCAAGAGGUCGAACGCAUUGCUAAAACGCUGGACAAAAUGGUGCACAAGAAAAACACGGAUGGUGCCAUAUAUCUGCUGAGGGAACUGAAGAGCAUGACGAUGUCUCUGGAGACUCUACAGUCCACCAGGAUCGGCAUGUCAGUGAACGCUGUGAGGAAGCAGAGUUCAGAGGAAGAGGUCCAGACUUUGGCCAAAUCACUCAUCAAGUCCUGGAAGAAACUACUGGAUGGUGCUGAGGGGAAGGCUGCGGAGGAGAAGAGGAGGGAGGCCUCUCCUCUGAGGUCCUCAACGUCCAAGGACAGUCCUGGAUCCAGCGACCAGAGCAAGAAACUGCCUGAGCCCCCUACGACCCCUACGACCCCCACCGCCCCUACGACCCCCACCACUCCAAAGUUCACCACCUUCCCCCCUGCCCCCGUCACCACUGACAGCGUACGCACCAAGUGCCGAGAGCUGCUGGUGGCUGCCCUGCAGACCGACGAUGACCACAAGACCAUUGGAGCAGACACGGAGAACUUGGCUGCUCAGAUUGAGGACUGUAUCUACCAGGAGUUUAAGUCUACAGACCAGAAGUACAAGUCCAGACUGAGGAGCCGUAUCUCCAACCUGAAGGACCAGAAGAACCCAGACCUCCGGCGCAACGUCCUAGCUGGAAACAUCUCUGCUGACCGCAUCGCUAACAUGGCCGCUGAGGAGAUGGCGAGCGCGGAGCUGAAAGAGAUGAGGAAGGCUUUGACCAAGGACGCCAUCAGAGAGCACCAGCUGUCUAAAGUGGGCGGGACCGAGACGGACAUGUUUCAAUGUGGCAAAUGCAGGGGCAAGAACUGCACCUACACACAGGUGCAGACGCGCAGUGCUGAUGAGCCCAUGACCACCUUCGUACUGUGCAACGGCUGUGGCAACCGCUGGAAGUUCUGUUGAGGAGACUGCUAGUAGAAGAUCUGGCCUGGAUGAAGAAGGAAACCUGGACCUAAUUUUGUUACAACUGUAGACAGUUUUUUUUUUUUUUUUGCUUUUUUUUGAUACGUUUUUUUUUUUUUUUUUACAUUUAACUCAUCAAUCUGUAGAAAAUAUUUUGUCAUUUUGAUUAAUAUCCUCUUUUUUUUUAAAUGACUAUUAAAUCACACUAGCCUUGGUGCCUUUUUUUGUUUCUGCUCGCUGGCCUCAACCUCUAAUGGAAUGUUUUGGUUUGACAACGAGUUUUGGCACGAGCACAAACUGUUCUGGGACCAGGCCGAGGUUAAACACUUUGCUCUUAAAACAACUUUUUGGCUGUUCAUUAGUUGAAGCUAUAUCUUACUAAAAAAUGUUUUUUUUUGGGGGGGGGCUUUAGGG